GACCUCGAAAGAUGUCUCAAGUUUCUAAGGCUGGCUACCUUAUCGUGAGAACUUCUUUCCCAUCCGUUUUCAUGGCCAUACCAAGACGCUCUUCGUUUAGUAACUAAAGCAAUCGCUAGUUCCAUUCAUCAAACUCAUCUCCAAGUCCAACGGCGAUAACGUCCAGGCCAAUAACCCACAGCACUUUGCCUCGAACCGCAGCAAAAAUGUCACCACCCACCCCAGCCCUAAACCAAGCUAUAGCGGCCCGAACCGCCGCCCCCUCUUCCUCCUCCUCCACCACCACCGCUCCCACAUCCUCCACAACCUGCAACCACGAAUCCAUGCCCGACCUCUCCCAAAUCCCAGGCCUCCCGCAAUCCCGCUCCGUCUGGGCCAUCCCCAACUGGCCCGAAUCGCUAGCCGGCAUGACAGCCUGCUGCAACCUGAAACCCGACAACGAGGUACAUAUAGCUGAGCCGGACGGGUGCGCAUUGUGGUGUUUCAUUCCCGAUGAGUUCCUCUUUGAAAGGAAUAAAGAUGGGACGAAUGGAAAAAGGAGGGAUGGCGCGGUGGCUGCGGAUGCGAUGGGGCAGUGUGUGAGGAAU